AUGGAACAUUGCUGGUUUUUGGUGCACGGCCUGUACUGUAUCUUCUGUUGUAUGGAGCGGCGGAAGAAGCCCUGCGGAUCACAGCUGCAGUUAGUCUCGCGCUCUGGCUCGGAGCUCUCGUCGCUCGAGCAGCCCGAGUCGCUGGACUCGCGGCGCGCCUCCAGCAUGCUCACCAGCACCGAGUGCCGUUCGCGCAGCUCAGCGCCGCACGCCAUAGAUCGUUCGCGCUGCACCGACACGGAUGGUGGCCGACGGCUGACUGUGCGGCCGCUGCGGCGCGCGGCGCGCACUUACCCGCGCGACCUACUUGCCGGCCGCCGACCCAGCCGAGAAAGUGAGAGUGGCCCCGGGCCCCGCGCCCCCCCGCUCACCCCGCGCCGCCCUCGCUCCCCGCGCGCGCUCCUAACGGUCCACGUCGCUCUAGAAUGCGCUGCUGCUGCACCGCGUUGGCGCCCCGCGACCCGCGCGGGCCCCGCCCGCGUCCCGGCCACCCGGGAGCUAGGGCACGAGCAGCUCGGGCCGACGACCGGCUCAGUGCCCGGUGACGUCAGCCCCGCGUCACGGCCUACCUCAAUGCGCGCGCGCUCACAGCUAGGGCGGAGGCUGCGGCGGCGCGCAGCCGCCGCGGGGCGGGGGCGCACGGCUCGGUGGCCCAAUUUCUUAGUGCCAUCGAUCCAUUGUGCGCUGUACGAGUGGCCCAUAAUUGGCCACAGCGCGGCCAGUGACCGGCCGCCCGGUCAACGACCGCUGCCGCGAAAACAAAACCCCACCCCGCCCCGCACCUCCUGCGCUACAAUCAUAGACAACUAUCAAAAGAAGCAUCGU